UUAGUUGACGGUAUUGUCGUCAGUCGUGCUGUUUCUCAGCCGGUUUGGUCUGGUUUGAGCUCUUCCUCCCGUCUCCGGCUGCGCCAUGGCGCGUCUGAAUCUAGCUGACCCGCGUCUGCUCUCGGGAGGUCUUCUCCGCCUCCUCUUCUCGUCCGACUCGUGGGCCCAGUGGGCCUGUUAGUACGGGGGGAACCCAGUCCAGGGGCUGCGGGCGGCCCAAGACAGGUACUCGAAAGACAGCUCACGGGGAUGGGUUGCUAGUUUCAGCUGCAGCAACAGAAUGAUCCUUUUUUGACAUCUUUCCGUCAUAAGUUGUGGUAACAGCAGUCUGGUUCUGGCUUUCCAUAUAGUGAAACACCUGGAGUUGCAAUCAUGGCUUCAAGACGAAUAGAUGUUCCUGCUAUUGAGCAUACCUCUGGAGGCCUUCUAGGAAAGAUGUCCCAACCCAUUGGGAUGAACCGCCGGGCAUUCAGUUAUGACGAUGCCCUUGAGGAUAUAGCACCAAUGACCCCUCCUCCUUCAAAUAUGUGCUCCAGUAUCCUGUGGAAACAGCCGGUCAUCCCAGAACGCAAAUAUGAGGAGCUUUCCAAGGUUGAGGAAGGGGAGACUAGCAUGCAUCCAUCUGCCAUAACCCCCUCAUCUUCCACAGAGACUGUGAACAAGGUUCCAGUAGUGAAAGCCAAGGCCACCCACAUCAUCAUGAAUUCUCUCAUUACAAAACAAACUCAGGAGAGCAUUCAGCGCUUUGAGCAGCAGGCAGGGCUGAGAGAUGCCGGAUACACUCCCCACAAGGGCCUCACCGCAGAGGAGACUAAAUACCACCGUGUGGCUGAGUCACUCCAUAAUCUAAAGAUGCAAAGUGGAGAGAUGGCAAAAGAAGAUAAACAAACCUCUUCUGUCCAGUCCACUCCAAGCAGCACUCCUCAUUCUUCUCCCAAGCGCACAUACAGGAGCUGGUUUAGUCAGGGAACAUCCACAUCCAUCACUGGUUCUGAUAUUGCUGCCAUGGAUUCCAGCGGUGGGGAUGGUGAUAAAGUACCAUCUGAAAAGUGGAGUUUCUUUGGACCUAGAGCUCUUCAAAAACCCACUACUGAUUCAGGGGGCUUUACCAUCCAGGCCUAUAAAGGUGCCCCAAAACCAACCCCGAUGGAGCUGAUGCGUGCCCAGGCCACCAGGAUGGCAGAGGACCCUGCAACCUUUAAGCCCCCCAAGAUGGACAUUCCAGCUGUGGAAGAACAGAGGCGUUCCCCACGUUCUCAUAACCUCAGACCUCAGGACUUGAAUGUGCUUACUCCCACUGGGUUUUAGGAACUCCGUCACUUAAAAGGCAGAAUGAGGUUCUUGAUAUUUGAUGAACUACAUAAUCCCAUGCUGUCUUUCCCAUUCCAGAUAUACAGAUGACAUAGGCAGAUCUCUUCUAGAUGAGUUAUAGGUGGUGAUGAAACAAUAUCUGGGCAACUUUCUGAAUUUAUUGCUGUUUUUCCUCCCAAAGGUCUUUUCUUUGCAGCAACAAAAACAUAAUUAUGAUUAUGUGCUGAUCUGUGCUUCUUUGAACCCACCAACCUAUUGGAGUGUUUUUGGCUUGAAUAUUUGGAUUGCUGCAUCUGGCUGAUUCAUGCCAGAUUACUGAAGGACAAUGUAUAACUUUCUAGCAUCUAAAUACCUCCUCUUUGAACCUUUUUGAGGGAAUCUAGCAUUAACCGAAGUUUAAUGUUCUACUAAGGGUCUUGUUCCUGGAGGAACUGAGUAAUCUGCUUCAGACUUGGACUCACUGCUUGGCUGUUUCCACUUGUAAGAGAUUCUUGUCUUGAGGUACUUAAUGUUUUAACAUGAACAGAUUAGUGCUUAUUCUAGGCCUGUGGUAUGAAAUAUAUUUGUGAAAUUCUUUGCUCUUGACAUCAUGAGGCUAGAUCCAGAGUAUAAUGGAAAAGUUCCUUCAUUCCUGGAGAAUCAACACUGCUUUAACAAAAAGAGAAUCAUAGCUAUUUCCUGGGAGCUUUGUUCAGAACUCUUAGUGACACUUUCUGGAGAAAGUCUCUGAGAUGGGAAUAACUUUAUAGUUACUGUGAAAGGAACAGUAGUUAUUCCUAUUUAUGCUUCUUCAGGGGGCAGAGAGAGCACCCUGAAAUAAGAGCAUGGGGAAGAUUUUAACCUAGCUGCUCAACUAUAGUUGUGAACAUUAGUAACGAUUUAUGUAAAAGCUUAUUUUAACAGAUUUCUAUUUGAGCAAUUAGGCAGUGAAAGAUUUGAUGUAUUCUGCAUCUGCUUCAACGCAUGGGGGCACGUAUUGUUCUUGUCUAAACUCUUAAGCCACUGGUUGGCUUUUCAGCAAUGAGAUGGCAACCUUUGAGUGUCCAAAGAGAAGCUCUUAUAUGUAAUGGCAUGUUUACUGAGACUUCCUCACUAAUCUUUUUUAUGUCCCAAAGAAGAUCUGUGUCCUAUCUAAACCCCCAUAUUUUUUCUAUAAAUUGUGGGCAGUGCUGUUGCUAAGUGACUUAAUGAUGUCUCAUCCAGCUUCAUCUCCUCUUCCUUCAUUUAUAUUAGUAACAUUUUGGACUUGUGUUGCUUUGAUAGCACUGUAGUUCUGUCAACCUGUUAGUCAUUGCCACCACUGCUUGUACACAGUGAUCUAGCUUCUUUCUUAGUGUUAAUUUAUUUUUUGUGAUGCUUAGUGCUCAUGUCUUUGUGCCUAAUACUUCCACAAAAUAAAAGCCUUGAGAAUAAA